CUGUUUUUCUUUACAAUCUCCAAUGUGUAAAUGUCCAACAAACUACAGAAAGAGGAAAAUAAAUCACUGCUUCGGUCUAUCUGCGCAUAUAGUACACGCAUUACGGUAAGUGUAAGCUGCGGCGUCUGGCUGUCAGACGGAGCCGGAGAUGUACUGGAAGACACUGCACCGAACAGGUUUCGGAUGUUACUAUUUCCUCUGAGCCACAGACACAAUUUCAUCUAGUGAGGAACAACUGGGACUAUAUCUCUGUUGGCAUUUAGCACUCAUCUGAAAGUCUUGACAAGAGCCUUGUGAUAUUUGUGGAGACUUCAAAUAUUUUGGAUUCCACUCGACCGAUCAUCCAAAGUCCCUCACCACCUAUAUAGAAGUCAAGACCCUAGCCAUUUUCAAUCUCGCUAGCUGCUAGCUAGCAUGGCAGACAGUCGACAGCCAGAAGAGGACACCCCGCAGUGGGACCCAUCAGGGGGACAAGAACCAGGUGGCACCCUUGGAGCUAAUGGCUACUCAUCCUCGGCCUACAGAACCUGCCAGCCUGGCGGAGCCCACGUGGCUGCAGGUCCUUACACUGGAAGGGAGAAUGGCUUUAAUGGGGAUCUAACUAGAGCUCAUGCUAUAACUGCAGAGCAAGUGUCUGCACGGAUUGUGCAAGAAGUGACGGCAGAGGCAGUGGCAGUACUUAAGGGGGAACAGGAAACUCAGCGGCUGCCGUCAGUCGAAGAUACCACCAAUUUGCCUCCCUCCCCUCCCCCUUCACCUGCAGCUGAGCACUUUGAUCCUUUGGAGCAAGAUGUAGGGGAUGAGGAGGAAGCGGGCCCUCUCCGCCGCUUCCAAAAUUCUCGGGAGAGGUGCAAGUUCCUCGCCCCCUCCAUCUCAGUUUCCAUGCCCGAGGACGACCCCUACCACUCCGACGAGGAGUACUAUGAGCACCCAUUGUUCAGCCCUGAGUGGACGCACUCGGGCGCUCGCCCCACUGGGCACGCCGUGGCCUUUAGACAGAUUGAAGAAGAGACCAUGGAGGCUCUUACAGCUGAAUACGAGGAGGAGGAGGUGGAAGAGGAUGAUGAGGAGGAGAGUGCAGAGGCAGCAGAAUCCGAGGCAGCUCUUGAUGAGCAGCAGUGGAGUGGGGACGAGCCCGAGCUGGACAGCCCCCAAGCUGAACCUUUAGAUCAGACAGAAGCCAUAGACGAGGCCCAGGAUGUAGACCUGGGGCAGUCUGAGGCAGUUAGUGCUGCUGCAGAAAGCUCUAUGGACAGAGAGGAGGAGGAAGCAGAGGGUGAGGAAAGCCAUGAGACAGCUUUGAAGAUGGACUCAGACAAGCACGACAGUGGGUCCAUCAGCCCCGACAGCAUUGGAUCAGAGAAACGUCCAGAAGAGUUUUUUGAGCCUCAGGUGCAAAGUUUCUUCGCUGGGGAACGAGUUGUGCCAGAGAGUCCAACCAUGGAAAUGCCAUCCUUCGUACCUCCAGAUAUUCAAAAUCAAGCCAAAGACUCAUCCAAACCUGUGACACUUCAGCCCACAUACGGAGAACCAAUCACCGUGUCGGAAAAACAGCCAUCAGUGGAGGUGGUGGAGUUCAGCAGCAUUGGUGCUCCCUCUGAUUUUUCUUCAAUCGUGGUCAAAGGUCAAGAGGAAGACUCGACAACAGAUACCAGAGAUAGAUCUGGCAUGUCUGCGUAUUUUGAAACAUCAGCUAUGGAGGUUGAUGAAAGUUCCCAUUGUAAAGGGGAGGGAUAUUACGAACUUAGUCGAGCCGGAGAAAACAAAAGUACAGGCGAUUCCAAGUCUCAGGAGAUCAGUUACAGCACAUUAGCUGAAGUUAAGGAGAAAACUGAAAUAACUACGUGUUCUGUAACAGACACUCCACCAUUCACGGUUCCUGACAGAAGUAAUGAAUGCAGACUUUCCCCGGGUAAACUGGCUUUAGAGCAGAGGAGUUACUCACUCAACAUCACCAUUGGAGCAACAGAUCAGACGGGGCAAGGUCGACCCAGGACCUUUUCCCCACUUGCUACAGACAUCAUGUCAUAUACAAGUGGAAGUCUAGAUGAGUCAGCCGACUACCAUCCAGUUACUACGCCCUCUGCAGAUAAAACUCCAUCAUUCCCGCCGCUUAUCCUGGAGACUGCAGCCUCUGUGACUUCUGAUUCCUCAUCUCCUCCACGGACUGCUGAGCCCACCACCAAUACCAGCCCUGAACCAGAUUCUCCAGAAUCACCUCAGCCACCUAAACUCUCUGACAAAAAUGGCACUGUGAUGGCGCAAGACUUGCCAGAGUUGCUUGACCUGGCUGGUGCCCGCUCCAGACUAGCUUCAGACAAUGCAGAGCCAGACACGGGGCGAAGAAAAUCAUUCCAAGCUGAUGUUCCUUUCCUCAUCGAUGACCCUCUGGCCAACCUAACUUCAGGAGAACUGAGUCCUGGGGUUAGAAAGAGUGAAAGCCAAUCAGAAGAGAUGGGCUAUUGUGUUUUUAGUGAAUAUUCAGGGCCCAUGCCAUCCCCUGCAGAUGUACUCAGCCCUAUAAAUGUCCCUGCACAAGCCUUUACCCAUUCUGUCUUGGAGGAGAAAGUUGCUGAGCAGGCAAGAAAAUUAGCAGUGAGGGACUCGUCUCUGGAAGACAAAAUCCCGACAUUGGGAAUCAGCGAUGUUGACCAGAGGCAAGAGGAGAGAAAAGAUUCUGCUGAUGAGCAGAACAAAAAUCUUGUAAACGAUCCACUGAUAAAAUUAGGAACGGAAAUAAUUGUUGCUCAGCCAAAUGAGUCCUUUGUGACACCAAUGGUGACUGUGACUCUAGAAGAAGAAGGCGAUAGGUCAAUAGGUGAGAUGGAACGACAAGCUAGUGGUGAAGCAUCUGCAUCGGAAACUGAAAUAGCGGACUAUGAAAGGCAGAUCCGCAAAUUAGAGAUGGAGGACAGGCCUUUGAGUCUGGAAGAGGAACGAGAACUGCAGGAGCUCAGAGAAAAGGUGAAGCUGGUACACCAAGAGGCCUAUGAGGAGGUGGAUGCAGAGGAUGUUUACCAGCUCACUGGCAUGGCUAAGGACAGGAUUGCCAGACCAGUAAAAACUUCCCCUACUUCAUCAGUGGAGAGCAAUAUAGAAGAUGACAAGCUCCUCUCACCGGUACUCUCGCCCUCCAAACUCAAACAAAGAGAAGUGUAUGGUUCCCCCAAAAGAUCUGUUUCACCUGUGUUAGGAAUAAGCAAAGAUGAAAAGAAGGAGUCAGAAAGAAAGACGAAGGAGGAACAAGAAAGGGAAGCAGCCGAGAAAGUAAAGGAGGAAGAAAGGAAAAAGAGGGAAGAAGCAGAAAUGCUGGAAAAGGAAAUAAAAGAUAAAGAAGAGAAUGAGCGAAGAGAGAAAGAAGAGGCAGAGAGGAUACUGAAGGAAGAAAGAGAAAAGAAGGAUCGGGAGAUGAGAGAGAGUUUGGAAAAAGAGAAAAUAGAGAAAGAGCUUAAAGAGAAGGAGAGAGAGCGGAAAGAGCAGGAGGAAAAAGAAACAAAGGAGAAAGAAGAAAAGGAGAAGAAAGAGAAAGAAGAGAUGGAGAGGAAAUUAAGAGAAGAGAAAGAAGAGAUGGAGAGGAAAUUAAGGGAAGAGAAAGAAGAGAUGGAGAGGAAAUUAAGGGAAGAGAAAGAAGAGACGGAGAGGAAAUUAAGGGAAGAGAAAGAAGAGACAGAGAGGAAAUUAAGGGAAGAGAAAGAAGAGAUGGAGAGGAAAUUAAGGGAAGAGAAAGAAGAGAUGGAGAGGAAGUUAAGGGAAGUAAAAGAGAAAGAAGAGAUAGAGAGGAAACAAAGAGAAGAAAGAGAAAAAGAGCAAGAAGAGAGAGAAAGGAGGGAAAGAUUAGAAAGAGAAAGAGUAGAGCAGGAACUGAAGAAGACGGAAAAAGAAAAUGAAGAGAGGGAAAAAAUAGAAAUGGAACUUAAAGUGAAGCAAGAGCAAGAGGAAAUGGCCGUGAAGAACGAUGUCGUUCCAAAUCAGGUAGUAGAAGCAAGCCUGCAAAAAGAAGCUUCCAAAGAUUGUUCUGAAGAUGAUGAUAUAAGCUCAAAGAGUAAUGAUGAUGUGAUGAAGAAGGAAGGUGCAGAGGUGCCAAAAGAGAUACCAGAAACCCGGGCUGCCAUUGAGUCAGUGGUCAUGGUUGAAGACGAUUUCAUCACUGUGGUCCAGACGAUCGACGAAGCUGAAGAACCAGGACACAGUGUCCGAUUCUCUGCUCUGCCUGAAGCAGAAGCUCUUGGUGUUGCCACUCAGAAGGAAGAAGAAGAGGAAGAGGAUGACGAGUCUAUUGAGUUGGCCCAGGAAGCAGACAUGGAGGACGCUAGUCUAGAGGAAAUCGGUGACGUUCCCGAAACACCAGCAUCCCCAAGAAGGGAGGCUCGGACUGUUGAUACAGAAGGACCCACAGAAAGCUAUGACAGAGAUGAAACCACAGUAGACGACUCCAUCCUGGACAGCUCUUGGGUGGACACACAAGAUGAUGAUCAGAGUAUGGCAACAGAGCAUACUGAGCCCUUACCAAAGGCGUUUAGUCCAGUCAAGAAGCCGCAGGUGGUCCAGAACAAACAACGGAUGACAGAAAAACAAGACAAGCCUGUUAAACCCAAGACCAAAGGAGUGCGAAAUAAAGGACGGAUCUCCACACCUGAACGCAAACCUGUUUGCAAAGAACCCACCUAUAUACCCCGGGAAGAGAUCAAGAAGAAAAAAGCUCUCAUAAAGAAGGCGGAGCUUACCAAAAAAGUAGAGACUCAGACUCUUUCUCCGUCCAAGAGGAUUUUCAUGAAGCCAGCAGUGCGCCAGACACGUCCCACCCAGCAUCAUUCCUGCCCCAGAAGGAGACCCACAGAAGCUCUACCAGACGGCCGUCAGCCUCUCAGUAUUGCCAGACAGUCUCGUGACAGAGCAUCUGAUGGUGGUUCACGGAGCCCAGCUAAGACAUCAUCUGUACCGCGUCAUGCUUCCUACCUGAGUCGCCGUGGUUACCACGAACACGAGGACAGUUCUACUUCUAUCACUAGCUCUGGCUCCACGGCGCCCCGCAGACCCACAUCAUUUCGCCCUGAGAUGAGAGCAGAGCAUCGGAUAGGACGAGCCCCUAGUAUGACAGUUACAGAAUCGAUACGCUCCCGUUCAGCUCGCAGUGGCCACUCCACUCCUCGCACCCCAGGCUCCACAGCCAUCACACCAGGAUCACCUCCCAGCUACUCAUCAUCUUCCAGGACCCCUGGGACCCCACGCUCUCUCAGUUUGAUUUCCCAAGAGAGGAAGGUGGCAGUGAUCCGCACCCCUCCCAAGUCGCCUGCGACUACCCCCAAGCAAAUCCGCAUCAUCAACCAGCCGCUUCCCGACUUCAAGAAUGUGAAGUCCAAGAUCGGCUCCACGGAAAACAUCAAGUAUCAGCCUAAAGGAGGACAGGUGCAAAUACAGAACAAGAAGAUAGACUUGAGCCAUGUGACCUCCAAGUGCGGUUCUCUGGACAACAUCCAUCAUCGGCCAGGAGGUGGUUAUGUACGAAUAGAGAGCGUAAAGCUGGGCUUCAAAGACAAAGCACAAGCCAAGGUGGGUUCACUGGAUAAUGCUCAUCACAUUCCUCGUGGAGGUCAACUCAUGAUCGAGAGCCACAGGUUGACAUUUCGGGAGCAAGCCAAGGCCCGGGUGGACCACGGAGCAGACAUCAUUAUCCAGUCUCCGGGUUUGUCCGGCUCGGAGUCUCCUCACCACCUCCGGGAAAGCCACCUAUCAUCCUCUGGCAGUCUCAACACGACGGAAUCCCCGCAGUUAGCAACCUUGGCGGAGGAUGUCACUGCGGCCCUCGCCAAGCAGGACUUGUGAACACUGGAUCUCUGCAUCCCAGACGUCCUCAUUGCCAUCUGUCCAAACUUUUUUACCCCAACCUGCCAUUAUGAGGCAGAAUGGUCACUACUGCUGAGUUGAACCACGGCCUUGAAACACCUUUACUCCAAGAACAACCCCCAAACUCUUACAUAGAGACUAGAGUUAGAAGUUACUGUAUUUUUGGUCCUCUUUAUCCUGUUUGCUGUCUAUUUUCAACCCUAAACAUGUGCUUUUUAGAUUACUUUUGUGGAUAUUUCUUUAAAAAAAAAAGUUACAUAUAGUAGACUGAGUGCUGGUUUUAGUUAUAAACAAGCUAUCCACAAAUAGGUGCAGAUCAAACAUUGACUCUGCCGCUCUUAGGUCAGUGUUAGGUCAGUUAGUCAUUUAUUUUCUACUUUAAACAACAAAAGAACCCAUGAGUACACCAAGCCGCACCUUUUAUUUAUACUCCGUAAAUGUGCAUGGUUGCCAGAUCCCCUAACACAACAAGCAUCCAUACUGCAAGUCAUUAUCGUCAUUUGAUAUAUUUAACAAAAAUAUACAGAAAUAUACAGAGAUGUGUAUAAAAAAACACACGUUCACUGUCACCAGGGGCGGACUGGAGAAUCACAGAUUCACAGAACGGCCGGUACUCCAGGACGGCCGGUGGGCCGGCCCACCACUCUCCAUGCACGCUUUCAACCCAAAGCUCUUUCACGCUCCAGCACUCUAGGUGGCAGCACUGCACCUCUAAGUUGGAUGCCAGCUACAUUGGCUGCGGCCACCAGACAAGGAGAAGAAGCUGAAGCAGAGAGGAGAGGAGACAAAGGCAGUGGAUAAAAAACGAUUCAAAACCCGGCCGCUAGUAAAAAAAGAAAAGAAAAGGGUGGGACUGAGAAGGCAAGAUAAAAAAAAUUGCGAGCAUUAGAUGCUGAAGCCUCUAAAUGUCACAAAUUGACAUAUUUAGCAGCACAGCCAGCAGCAGCACCUCGCAGCAGGUUCACAGCAGUGAAGAAGUCGGGCAGAUAGCGACACAGCAACAUGCCAGCAGUAAUGAGGGACAGAAAGAAGCGGUGCUUCCACAGGCAGAUCUAGGGGAAGUAAGUAUGGAAUGUAAGAGGAGAAACCUUUGCGAGGAUCGAUGUUAGGAAUUCAUGUUUAGGUUGCAAUUUUAUUUUAUGAUAACAGCUAAAUUUCAACAUUUUAGCUGUAAAAGGCCACAUGCAGUGGGUAAUAAGAAAUAUGUUGUGGUUUUACGUAAAAAGGUUGGUAGUAGUAUUACAUUUAAUGCUCACAAACUUUGAAAAUCUUAACUACAGAAGUUACAUUUGUAAUGCUGCAUUUGCAUUUAGAUGUGGUAUUAUUUGUGCAGUAAGAAGAUCAAUUACUGCAUAAAUUAUUAAGCUUAUCAGUAAUACAUCUUUUAAUACAACAUUUAGUCAACAGUAGCGCUGAUGCUAUAAUUUUGAUGCUUUGACCACAUAUUUUUGCUGCCGAAUUUCCACGCGCCAAUUACUUUGGGCCGGGCCAGGUCAAAGUCCAGGGCUGUUUUUAGUUCCAGUCCGUCCCUGACUGUCACCAUCCAGUCCCCAACCCAUUUUAAAAGAAAUGACAAUAAUGGCUAUAAAAUAUAACUAAAACAGCAUUUAUGCAAGAACGACGUCAUAUACCGACAAGCAUGUUUAGAUUCAACUAUUAAAAAGAGGUUCUUUUGUAUUUAAACAAACUGAUUUUAGUAAUUUAUUUCCUCAUUUACUGGAUAAAGAUGAACAAGUUCAUGUUUUGUAGUUAAUAGUUGUUUACAGUGUAAUGCUUGGUGACAAUGUUCGAGACUAAUUUUGGUGUUGAAUGCAUCUCAGUCCCGUCGAAGAGCCUUACUCAUGUGAGCCUGCUCAGCUGUUCUAUAUAAAAGCCUGUUUCCAUGUCAGAAAAACGCAAAAUUCUGGAGCUCAUUCCACAAACUCCCAUCCUACAAGGAAACCUUUAAGGGGAACUCGUUGCUAAAUGAAUGAAGACAGACGUUGAUCCAUGAGGGGUGGCUAACGUUGCAUUCAUCGAGGUCGAUGCCCGAGCCGCAGAGGAAGAUGCCACACCUUGGUACCUGGUAUUUAGCAGAAGAUGACUCCACAAUCUGUGUGUGUAUGAAUGUGUGUGUGCAUUUGGUACAGAGUUGUUUUAGGAGGGUGCUACUGUGUCUGGAUGUUUGUUGCAAUGUUUAGGAUGAAGCAAUUCUAAAAUAUACUUUUAAAAAAGCCUUAAAAAAUUCAAAACGACACUUGAUGAAGACUCCUGUUGUAUCUGUUAGGAAGACGUGUUUGGGUGAUCUAGUUUCUUUUUCAGACAAUACCUGUCCCCAACUGCAACAAUUUGUUUGCUUCUGUGUUUUUUCUGCAUUCGCCCCUCCUCUGAUCUAUGUGUGCCUCUCUCCCACUUCCUGCUUCACUCUCGCAAAUCUUAUCGUAUUUAAAAGGUCAAGUAGAUGUAUGCAGUUUUUUCUCCUGUUGAUAUGACACCAGUUACAAUAAUUACUGACAAUAAAAACAACAAAAAAGUGA